UCUCCUCACCGAGUUACGGAGUUUGAAGACUUGGCUGUGUUGCCCACGCCGCUCCUGCUCUUGAUAUCCCUCUUGGUCAAACCUACACUUUCGUGAUAUUGUUCACAAUGGCACAUGCUUUUGACUCCUAGUGUCCCUAAGUCUGGAAUCGGCACCUGGCAGGUUGCGACUGAAGUGGUGCGGAGUUCAGAUUAAAAAAGGUUCAACGAGACAAAAAUGGCAAUCACUCUUUUCAAAGCCAUCUCGGUCAUCGGCCUCAAAACCGGUGCUUUCCUGCAGUCGCUCCUUCCCUUUCACUUUGGCAGAGUUCUGCAAGCGCUUAAGGGCCUUUUCAACCCUGGUUACUCAAAUCCACCUGGCCUUCCUUGUUCACCCUUCGGCUCUGUUGCUUCUCCUUCCACAAAAUUUCAUCAAGAGGUCGUCGACAUCAACGUCGCCGGCGGCGAAAGCGACAGCGAUACCACAGCGAUCUCUUCAUCUUUGCCAACGGGCUCUGCAAUUCAAGGAAACAUGGCUUCUGUUCCUCCCAUUGUCCCCGCUGUUCAGCGCGUUCUCGCCGAGCAAAAGGAGAACAUCCCACUCCAGAACGCUUCCCCGACCGAUAUCGACGCUCAGCUUGGAGACGAACUCUCUCGCUUAGUCCUCGGUGAAACUGGGAGCACGACCUCAGCAGACCCAACAUUGCAGCAACCUGCAGCAAAUGGCGCUGGUGUCAUCACCGGGAAAGAAAAUGGCAAGGAUGUUGUGAACCACAGCUCCUCUCCGCAGAAGCACCACCUACCCGCCGGCUUCGCGACCAGCGACACCGUGGGAAGGGAGGUUACUCGGGCGCCCGCAGUAACGCUGACGCACUCGGUCUCUCAGACUAGUAAGCUCAAGGAGACGAGCACGAUUCAGCUGGGCGGCGGAACGGUUCAGGUCCAGCCCAAGGAUGAGACGCCUGAGCAGGCGGCCCAGAGGGCUAUCCACAGUCGAUUUAUGAGGGAAGCUUUGGAUAUGGCUAGGCUGGCCCUCAGGACCAAUGAGACACCUGUCGGGUGCGUCCUCGUCUACAAGGGGCGUAUCAUUGCAAAAGGCAUGAACGCCACGAAUGUCACUCGUAAUGGGACCAGACAUGCCGAGCUGAUGGCGAUUUCAGCCUUGCUCUCCUAUGUACCGGCUUCCGACCUUGAGACGGCCGGAAACAACUCGUCGGACAAGGCGGCCUCAGUCCGGAUGCCCCUCAGUGACAGAACCAACAAGCUGGAGCAUGAAGACCCGAGUACCUGGGGCGAUGUAGAUCCCAGCGAUGGUCACCUAUACCCUUACGGGCAAAAACUUCACCCCUCUCCUCGCGUGGACAAAACUGUCAUCAACGAGUGCACACUAUACGUUACGGUUGAGCCGUGUGUCAUGUGCGCAUCACUGCUCCGACAGCUCGGGAUCAAGAAGGUCUACUUUGGUGCUGUCAACGACAAGUUUGGUGGCACUGGAGGCGUAUUCCGUAUCCAUCAGAACUCACCGUACUCGGCGGCCUCAGCUCCUCCGUCGCCCAGACCUCAAUAUGGGAAGGGCCUCGUGAGGCCGGUUCUUGAGCCCCGUCCGGCUUCGACCGAUGGACAGUCCCAUGUGGAAGAUGACAGGCGGGGCGAGAGAAACGUUGUUGUCCCGGACGAGCCCGCAAUUCUCCCUGGUGAUGGUGGCAACGUGGAGCGCGGAUUUGAGGCCGAAGGUGGAUGGGGCCGCGACGAGGCUGUGACUUUGCUGAGACAGUUUUAUGUCCAAGAGAACAACCGAGCACCUGUUCCGAGGAAGAAGGAAGGCCGGGCGGCCCGCCUAGCUGCCAUGAUGGAGCGCGAUGGGCACGCUGGCGGCCCUAUGAUUGGGGCUAGCAGCACGCCAGUUGGCCAGGAGAAUUCUGGAGCCGGCACACCCGAGGCGGACGAGCCGAAGGCGGACGAGGUGAUGGCGGAUGGUGCUGCCGAUACCAAUGCGUCCUAGCCGGACUCAUUCGAUUGGCACGGUCAAGGGCAAGAACUGGCUGGGAUGCUGCUGCGACAAUGUGCCAGCACUUCCUUCUCUGGCAUACGGCGCUACAUACAACAUCCUGCGCCUAUGGCGCUCAGGGUUGCCCCUUGACUUUCACAUCGGCUGCUUCCAGCUCUCUAUAAGGUCAUUUGGCACACCGCACCAACCACAUCCUGGGCACCCCGUGUUGCCGUUUGCACGGCACAAGGUAAGCCGCUGUCUAACGCUAGGAAGCGUUGUUGCU